AUGUUCCUUUUAAAGCGCUUUUGCAGCGGAUUCCAGCGCAUAAAUGGAGUAACUAAAACAGCUAAACCAGGAGAUCGUCUUAAUGUGCAGGGUUGGGUACAAAACAUAAGAAGACUAAAGAAAAAUAUUUUUUUCGACUUAAGUGAUGGAUCUACAGUGCAACGCUUUCAGGUAGUCAUUCCAAAAGAAGCAGAUGCGAAGGAUAUUAGCGUAGGCAGUAGCGUCAGCGUAAAUGGAAUUAUACAGACUGCACCAAACGGUCAGCCCGAACUGCAUGCUGAACAUGUGAAAGUAAUAGCUGACGGGAACAUAGCCGAUGGAUAUCCUUUUACACCCAAGCAGCAACACCCGCCAGAAUAUGUGCGUGAACAUUUACACUUACGCGCGAGAGUUGAUUAUAUAGGAGCACAAAUGAGGGUACGCCAUCGCGCAUUGAAAGCGAUACAUGACUAUAUGGAUGCAUCGGAUUUUGUUCAGAUCAAUACCCCUGUUCUUACAACAAACGAUUGCGAAGGCGCUGGUGAAGUUUUCCGGGUACAACCAGAUUCUUCUGCGCUCCUCAAGGAAAUGGCGCGCCCAAAUAUUCCCACCGAACAAAGCUAUUUUGAUGAUAAAGUUUUUCUUUCCGUUUCCGGUCAACUACAUUUGGAAGCUAUGUCAUACGGCCUGGGUAACACGUAUACACUAUCACCGGCGUUUCGGUCAGAGAAUUCCAAAUCACCGCUUCAUUUAGCAGAAUUUUACAUGUUCGAGGCAGAGUUAGCAUUCAUUGAAGAGAUUUCAGCAUUAAUUACAUUUAUUGAAAAAAUGUUAAAAGCAGUCACUGCCCAUGUCAUAGAAUCAGCUUCCAAGGAUAUUAGAUUUUGUCAGGAAAGAUCUUUGGGUUAUGCUUUUCAACUAUCUUGGCUAAAUUCAACUUGGACUACGGUUAGCUAUGACGACGCUCUGGAAAUUUUGGUUGCAAACAAGCACAUUUUUAAAACAGAGAUUAAACCCGCAGAGGGCUUCUCUAAAGAACAAGAGCUGUUUCUGGUCGAACAUUGUGGAACCCCGGUAUUUGUCAUCGACUGGCCCACGAGUCAAAAGCCGUUCUAUAUGAAAGCAGUACGAACAAAUCCUGAACGGGUACAUGCCUUAGAUUUGUUAAUGCCUGGGGUGGGUGAAUUAUGUGGUGGAGGCAUACGUGAAAGCGAUGCAAAUAUUCUACGUGCGCAUCCACAACUUCCAAACGGGUUGGAAUGGUAUUUAGAAUUGCGAAAGUUUGGUGGUAUACCCACAGGUGGAUUCGGUAUGGGAUUUGAGCGAUACUUGCAAUUGAUUACAGGUGUUAAGAACAUAAGAGAUGUUAUACCAUUUCCAAGAUAUCCGCACAGUUGUCUAAUGUAGUUCAGAAAUAUAUACAUAUACAUACAUACUUAUUUACAUAUAUAUAU